CACCAGGUACAGGCGCGUACUUCCGUCCAAUAGCGCGCAGGGGAUUAAUCGAGGUUUUGGCGUAUAGCUGGGGGUGGGGGGUGAGGCUACCGAAUAGGAAGCGACUGCAGGAUGACCGACACACUCACACAGACAAAGACACAAACACACCAGCACGCACGCACACGCACAGUCUGGUGGAGCCGCGGACGGAGCCAGUCUGAGGCAGCAGGAACUUCCAAGGCUCUGUCCAUGGUGCUGAAACCGCCGCCCGGGCGUCCCCUCUGCUCGUGACGGAGGGGACACACGACCUUAACCUCCUUCCCGCUGUUCGCACCUACAGCUGGAGGAUGAUGGGAGUAGUCUCGGACCUCGUCUCUCAGUCCGCAUGAUGGACGGAUGGAAGGACUUGUGGAUAAAAAAAACAAAACACCUCAUGCAACGAAAAUGCGCCUGCAAUCGCUCGAUAACUGAGCUGAGUGAAGUGAGCAGCUCGGGAUCCAGCCACUGACCGAUUCCUUCGUCAACAUGUUGUAAAAAAAAUGAGCUUCACUUCCCUUGAAGCGUAGGAGACCUGCGUCUUUUGUUUGUUUGUUUUGUUUCUUAACGAGAAGAGGACAAAGACAUGGCUCUCCUGCUGGUUUUGGUCAACUCCGUGGUCCUGUUGCUUUUCGGCAGCGACGUGUUCUUGGUGGGAGCAAACCGGCCACCAGCUCCCGUCAACGUGUCCGUCAUGUACCUGCGGGCCGACUCGGCAACCGUCUCCUGGGAGGUUCCGGAGGGGGACAUCAUCAUCGGCUUCUCCAUCUCACAACAGAGGCAGGACGGACACAUGCAGCGAUUCAUUCGGGAGGUGAACACCACCAGUCGCUCCUGCGUCCUUUGGGACCUGGACGAGGAGACAGACUACAUCAUCCAGGUCCAGUCCAUCGGCCUCUACGGGGAGAGCCAGGCCAGCAAGAAGGUGCAUUUUCGCACCCUAAAGAAGUCCGACCUCUUCCCGUCCAACAGCUCCAACCAAGAUGACCCCACUGUGCAAGGCCUGGACAAGGCACGGCAUCUACAAACAGGGGAGAUGAUCAUAAUCGUGGUGGUCUUGGUCAUGUGGGCAGCCGUUAUUGCCCUGUUCUGCCGGCAGUAUGACAUCAUCAAGGACAACGACUCCAGCAACAGUAAGGAGAAGGCCAAGCCGUCGUCGGAGAGGAGCACGCCGGAGCAUCACAGCGGAGGUCUGCUGAGGAGCAAGUUUCAUCCCUCGGUGCCUUCUAUAAACAUCAUAGAAGUCUGAGGAGAAGGACGGCAGAUCGGACCUUUCCUGUUACAUCAUCAACCUUUCUCACCGACGAGCGGGAGAACGAAGCUGAUCGAGGAAACACAAACUUUCCUCGAGUCAACAUUAGUGAGGGAGGUUGGCAAAGACUGUCUUACAAAAGACACACGUGCAUGUACAUACAAUUUAUAGAAAAACACUGAACUACAACUACAAAACCCAUCAGAUGAUCUUGUAGAAAUCUACACAACCACACACACGCGCACACACACACACACACACACACACACUGUACAGAAGCUCGAGCAGAGAAAACCACAGUGCAUCAGUUAAUGUUAACCCACGGAGCAGUUAACAUUGAUGUCUCUACCAGGUGCCUGGGCGGUUAUUGCAAUAUAAAAACGUCAAAAUGCAACUUGAUCAUAUCUGGGAGGCCGGUCUACAUGACUUUAAGUGUAUUUUUGAUAUUGGCAUGAGCAACGAGACGCCACGUUCACCUAUUACAGACAACUUUUUCACCAUUGAAAGUAGCAUAUAUACAAAUACUCUCCUAUCUCAAAUGUAUAAUAUCAGCUAACUGCAGAUUUUUAUUCAGGAGGGAAAGCAUCAGAAAUUCAUCUGUAAUAACUACAACCACUUAAUUAGUUUUUUUCUGGAAGUAUUCAAAUUAAAGGUUCCGUGUGUAUAAUUUAGUGACACCUAGUGGUGAAGUUGCAUAGGGCAGCUUAACAGUGUUUCGUUAGUCCUGAUUCAACUACUGUACAAAACAUGGCGGCCUCCGGUGUGAGGACCUGCUCCUGAUGUUCAUGUUAAGUAUUAAAAUAUAAAGACCCAUUCUCGGGUUGAUAAAACAAAUCAUAUAUUUGAGAUGAAAUACACGAUUGAAAACAUUAGGAUUAUUUUAUAUUCAAUUUCUGCCAAUACAUCCCUUUCACUUAGAUCCUACAAACUGGACCUUUAAAACUAUUUCAUACAUUUAUUAAACAUUUCAUCCAUGACAAACAGGACUGUACAUAGUCCAUUCAUUUGCUAAAGUUGCAUGCAGGUCAUUUGCCUGUAGAAUAGCAUUAGAUGUGCGCUUUAAGUUAGAUGCCAAUGACGGAGGAAUAAAAAACGAUUGCUGUUCCGUGAUACUGUGAAUGUUUUAUUCUCUGCCUUUAGACACAGGAAAGCAUCUCUUAUCAUCCAGUGUUUCAUUUAAGAUCUUGUAGAUUUCCCUGGGAAAUUGUAUUACCUGAAGAGUAAAAUAAAGCUUCUUUUUUGAAUGUG